UCACACCCUCUUAAAGUGAAAAAAAAAAAAAAAAAAAAAAAAAAAAACCAAACCAUAAUAGUAAGAAAAGAUGAAGGAAAGUUGCAGUACUUCAUCAUCCAAACUUGAUCGAAAGAUUAUUGAAAGAAACAGAAGACUGCAAAUGAAAGGCCUUUCCUUCAAGCUUGCUUCUCUCAUCCCUCGCAACUAUAACUCCACUAAGGAAAUAUCAUCACAGCAAGAUCGAUUGGAACAAGCAGCAAGUUAUAUAAAGGAACUUAGACAAAGAGUGGAAAGUCUCCAAGAAAGGAAGAAGCAAGCUAUGGAAAUCUGUGGGAUCAAUAAUGGUAUCAAAGAAACAAUGAGAGUUGGGUCAAAUUUGGUGCCAGUAUUUGGACUGAGGGAUAUGGGUAAUAAUAGCUUAGAGAUCACUUUGAUCACUGGAUUGAAUAACAACUUCAUGUUUAGUGAAGUCAUUAGUAUUCUUACAGAAGAAGGUGCAGAAGUUGUCAAUGCUAGCUUCUCUGUUGUGGGUGAAAAGGUUUUCCACACUAUCCACUCUCAGGCUACUAGCUCAAGAGUAGGAGUGGACACUACAAGCUUAUGUCAGAGACUGAAGGAGUUUGUUCUUUAA